GUGUCUUCUGUGUGGUUGCCUUUUGUAUUGAGCUAUUUUCAUAAUAAAAGAGUCCCCAAAUGUAAAUAACAUAAAAUACCGAAUUAAUUUGUUGUGAAAUAUAAUACAUGUCAGUAGGCAGUAAAUUUUAUUGUUUAUACUGUACAUUUUAAACCAGGAACAGGCGAGCGUUUGUUGUGCUUUUCGAAUUAAUAUUAAUUAAGCUGUUCCUGUAUGGCGAGGAACAAGCAUUACAGAUAGAUGGUGCGGAAUUAAAGAUGCAUAGAAUGUGUAUGUUUCGUAUAUAACAAUGAGAAUGAAAAAUGUUCUCUCAGUCGUAUUACUUCGACCCUGGCUAGGAGUGCCGUUUGGGAUAUGGCUGAUGGUGUCUGUGGUGUACUACUGGUGGCUGAUGUCGCGGAUAAACAUUCUGGAGACACGGAACAAAUUACAAGUUGAUUCUAGAAAGGGGAUGCUAGUGCCUUAUAUUCCAGACGCACCAGGCACUCUCUGCGAGACAAUCCACGUAGCGCUGGUCUGCAUGAGCAAAUGCCCCAGGAUCGUGUCACCGAUGCUCAAGUCGCUACUCCACCACCGACAGAACCCAGUGCACUUCCACCUCAUAGUUGAUGUGGUGUCCGAGCAUACAACUAGGCAUCUCUUUGAGACGUGGGAUUUACCUGAUGUGCAAUACACCACCUACAACGCCCAGAGUGUCCUAAACCGCGUAGCAUGGAUCCCAACUAGCCACUACUCCGGAGUCUAUGCGCUAGUCAAACUGGUCUUCCCCGACAUACUGCCCGCGACGCUGCGACGGGUGAGCAUUAGGGUUCCGUAG